AUGUUUAAUCUUGGAUCGCUUGUUCUUUGUCUCUUUGUAAUUUUAUCUGGUUUAUCUUUUUGUACGGGAAAUAGUGUUACCUAUGAUUCAAAUGCCAUCAUUAUCAAUGGCGAACGACGCAUUAUCUUCUCAGGUUCAAUCCAUUAUCCACGUAGUACCGAUGCAAUGUGGCCUGAUCUUAUUAAAAAAGCUAAAGAUGGUGGACUUGAUGCAAUCGAGACAUACAUUUUUUGGGAUCGUCAUGAGCCUCAACGACAAAAAUAUGAUUUCUCUGGAAAUCUAGAUUUUAUCAAAUUCUUCCAACUUAUUCAUGAUGCGGGACUUUAUGUUCUGAUGAGAAUUGGUCCCUACGUGUGUGCUGAAUGGAACUAUGGAGGUUUUCCAGUAUGGUUGCACAAUAUGCCGGGAAUUGAAUUUCGAACAGACAAUAAAGUUUAUAAGAAUGAAAUGCAAACUUUCACGACAAAGAUAGUGAAUAUGUGUAAACAAGCCAACCUUUUUGCAACACAAGGAGGGCCAAUAAUUAUAGCUCAAAUUGAGAAUGAGUAUGGAAACGUGAUGACACCGUACGGAGAUGCAGGAAAAACAUAUAUCAAUUGGUGUGCUCAAAUGGCUGAAUCUCUCAAUAUUGGUGUUCCAUGGAUUAUGUGUCAACAAAGCGAUGCCCCACAACCUAUGAUUAAUACAUGCAACGGAUUCUAUUGUGAUAACUUCACUCCUAAUAACCCGAAGAGCCCGAAAAUGUUUACUGAAAAUUGGGUGGGAUGGUUCAAGAAAUGGGGCGAGAAAGACCCUCAUAGAACUGCAGAAGAUGUAGCAUUUUCUGUGGCCAAAUUUUUUCAAUUUGGUGGCGUGCUUAACAAUUAUUAUAUGUAUCAUGGAGGUACCAACUUUGGAAGAACAUCGGGAGGUCCAUUCAUCACUACGUCUUAUGAUUACGACGCCCCUAUCGAUGAAUAUGGAAACUUGAAUCAACCUAAAUGGGGACAUCUCAAACAACUUCACGCAUCAAUUAAACUUGGAGAGAAGAUUCUGACUAGCAGCACUCGCUCGGACCGAAACAUUAGUAGCUCUGUGACCUUAACGACAUUCUCGAACCCAACAACAGGGGGUAGGUUU